UCUGCCGCUGAUCUGGGAACAGCUUCUAUCUACACAUCUAGCCAGACUCCUGGGAACUUCAGGUUUCUCUUGCUGUAUUUUGACAAUGGAUUGGUUUUUUCGGGACAUCCUGUGGCAUCACCAACCUUCCCCCCUCAGUGACUGGAGGCCCAGGCUGUCCCAGAACACAGCUGCGUUUGUCCAGCUGUGUGAUCGCAGCGACGCCACCAUGAGGCAGAUCCUGCACCACCUCCAGGACCUCAGUGCUGCAGUAGAACUGAUCCAGAAUGAGACCAGAACCUGGACCUGGACAGCAGCUGCUCUCCUGGCAUCUGGAGCUCUGCUGGCUGCAUUAGCAGCUCCUGAUUCAAAAGGUUUGAGCUUUGCUGUGUUUGGAGCAGCUGCUACGUUUGGUGCUGUUGCUCUACUUUGUUUUAUUGUAAGGCAGAAAGUUUUAGAACGGCCUCAUGUUUACAAGAUGAACCGCCUGGUAGAGGAGUUCAGACUGAUUGUGAAAGAACUGAAAAACUCUCUGGAAGAAGUGAAAAGUUCAUGUGGGAACGUUCGGAAGAAAUCAGUUGGAGCUGAAGCCAUAAAAUUCAUCAGACUGGAAAUCAACCUCCUGGAGCUGCUGAGCCUCACAGAGAAACUCAGACCUGCAUCGAUUGUAAGCUGUGAACCAGAGCAGGUGGAGGCGGUGGAGAAGAUCUCUGAUGGGUUCAGGAGGAUGAAAACUGACCUUGAAACUUUUUACAGACCACUGGAGGUCAAAGUUCACCAGCAGACAGACAGACGUCCCCAGACUGAAACAUUCCAUCGGUUCUCUGGUUCAAAGAUCAUCUAGAUCAGAUGAAGGUUUUCUUCACCUUCUUGAUCUUCUUGAGCCACUGGAUCUACUGGAUCACUUUCAUCAUCUGGUCCCUGGGAGGAAAGGUUUGAGGAGUGGAGGUCAGAGGUCAGAUGCACAACAGCAAGGCUCAGACAGAGGAAAAGAGAAAACUAAAUAGUAAUCAGUUAGAGUUUGUUUUGUUGUUUUUUACACAUACAUAUGUAUUUAUGAAUCUUAUUUGAACCUUUUGUGUGAUCAUAUAGUUUUAGUCACUUAUUGCCUCCCAUCCUUUUAGAAAUAACACAAUUUACCUAUUAAAACACGUAAGAUCUGGGAUCUGCAAGUGUUUGUGAAGACAGCGGAGAGGAUCAUUUGAUCUCCAGAGCUUUGCACACAGACGCUGCCAGAUCCUGUGUGACUCCAUCAUCCCUCCAUGGUCUGAUGAUCCGCUGGCGUCUGGAGGAGCGUCUGCAGCUUCUACUGCAGAACCGGCAGGCUGCUCAACACUCCCAUCACUGAAACUGUCUGAACUGCUUGAAAAUACUUAGUGAUAUAUAUUGAGCAACACGUUCCUGUUGGUUUUAUGAUGUAAUUAUAGACACACUUGUGUCUCUGCGCUUCCAAGUGAUGAUGUUUCAUUACCAGUUUUACUUAUGUUUCUUUGAGCAAUGACAAUAAAAUAAGUCUAAGUCUAUAAAACACAUCAAGGUCUGUAAUUCAUCAGUAAAAGUUUUACAUGCAGAAAUAUAAGUGUUGUCAUGUCGCCUUGUUAUUUAUCAUCUAUACAAGAAGCUGUUACCAUUUUUCUGUCUGUUCUCACAUGUCCAUGCUCCAUGUCCUCCUGGCAGCUGGAUCAGAUCCGUUCUGGAGAAUAUCAGCGUCCGCAGACUGAAGCUGUCGUCUGGUUCUCGGCUCUUCUCCAUGUUUCUUCUGCUUCCAGAGAUCUGAUGGAUGCUGUCCACCUGCUGGUCAGCGCCUUGGACUGUAAAUCCUCACUUCCCCCUGAAUGUCUCGGGUCAGGGUGUCUGCUGUCCUCCUGCUUCAUUUAGCCUGAAUGUCCUUUAGUGUGACUGCAUGUUGUCCUCUGAUGGACAGCUGACCUGCAGACAGCGGCGCUGUGAGGACGACUGAUUAUAGACGAUGGAUUAUUGAUAUUGUAGCUCAUUUUGUUUGUCUGCAGCUCUACCAGAAAACACUCCAGCUGUUUUGGCCAAAAGUGACCCAGAAACCCUGAACUGCAUCGUCUGCAUGAUGGUCCAGCUGCUGCGUGGUCAGGGCAGACGGCUCCAGACUCAGCUGCGCCCCCUGCAGGAGGACGGGGAGCUCCACUGGGUGACUGAGUUCCUUUGUUCAGCCAAUAAUCUGAGAGAUCUGGAGGAAAACUGGGAUGAUCCAGCCUGUCCCACCGAGGCUCUGCUGGAGGAGCUGCAUGUCGGCGUGGAGCCGAGGACUCGCCUUGAUGCAGCACAAUGUCCACUCACAGGGUCACAGCUCACCCUGCAGCACAAUGUGAGAAGCCUCAUCGUGGCUCUUUACUUCCAGGACGGCAGAGUGAAAAACAUCCAUCCAUCAUCAGAUCAUCCUUCUCCCUAUCAGGAGGAGCUGCUGCCUCUGCAGCUGCACACAUUGAAUUACCAAUAAUUAUUGAUCAUUCAUAAUAUA